GAGCCGGGAUUGGGGGGCGGGGGGGCCGGGAGGGAGGGAGGGGGACCCGCGGAGGAGGAAGCCCACCAAGUCCGGCGGCGGCGGCGGCCGGGAGGCGGAGGACGCGGCGGCAGCGGGGACGCGGUGACUUAGGGCCGCUCCGUGUGUUUUCCUGCUGCACCGGCUCUACGCCCUCCACCUCCUUCCCUGUGGUUUAACCUUCCUCUUUCCCCUAGUGUUUUAUGCACAGCCAACUACGUAAAGAUUUGCAUUUCUUACCCCCUCCCUGCUCCGCACCCCCACCCCCACCUCCUUGAAAAACAAAACCCAACCUCACAAAACCUCUCCGGACCUGAGGCUGCGAGGCGCAAAGGGGUUGAUUUGUGGAGUGGGAGUCGCUGGCCCAUUGCGGUGCUCCGGGCUCAUUAAUCUGUCACUCGCCCCCCACCCCACUGGGUAAAUGGGGUGAUUAAUGUCUGAUAUAUUGGAAUGAGGCGAGGGCAUUUGUACAGAAUAGGUGGUGUGGCUGAGAAGGAAUUUAUCCCCAAAGAGUGCCUCCUGAAAUAGGCAUUCAUAAUUAUGUCAUUCAUCGCGAAGUUAGAGAAAGUUGGGUUUGCGACUUGGGAAAGCAAGAAGCACAGGAUAGAGACCUUGGUCUUUGUUACUCUUUAUUUAACUCUUGGCCAUGGUUUUCUAAUGAGAACGGAGUGGUUAUCACCAGGACUGUGACACUUGCGCCUCAGGCCCCAGCGCCUUUUCUGCUCCUCACUCCCACAAGAGUCUGUGGAGACUUCGACAUUCACAGAUGUCGCAGCCCCUUGCAGGGCACUGGUUAGGCCAGCCCGGGUUACGUUACAGCUUCAUCAGCCAUUCGAAAAGACCCGCAAAUCUAGCUAAAAAGUUCCCCAACUUGCUAGACCUGGCUUCCCACACCCCUUCCCCCUUUCUCCCUGAAAGGUUUUCUUGUGAUCAUGAACAUUACAGAGUGACCCAAAAAAAAGAUUGUUAUGGGACACAGAUCAAGGGGAAGACCAAGUUCUCUUUCUGAGCAGAAAGUCGGAUCAGAUACGCAGAUGCAGCAUUCAUUUUAAGUGGCUGUAGCAGUCUGCUUUUUUUCCACCGAUGUAACAGACCUGGAGCCAGCAAGACUCAGAGGAAAGGACUUAAUCAGGUUUAUGUGUCCUAAAGGUUAUGAAGACAGUAUGGAGUUUCCAGACCAUAGUAGACAUUUGCUGCAGUGUCUGAGCGAGCAGAGACAUCAGGGUUUUCUUUGUGACUGCACUGUUCUGGUGGGAGAUGCCCAGUUCCGAGCGCACCGAGCUGUACUGGCUUCAUGCAGCAUGUAUUUCCACCUCUUUUACAAGGACCAGCUGGACAAAAGAGACAUUGUUCAUCUGAACAGCGACAUUGUUACAGCCCCAGCCUUCGCUCUCCUGCUUGAAUUCAUGUAUGAAGGGAAACUCCAGUUCAAAGACUUGCCCAUUGAAGACGUGCUAGCAGCUGCCAGUUAUCUCCACAUGUAUGACAUUGUCAAAGUCUGCAAAAAGAAGCUGAAAGAGAAAGCCACCACAGAGGCCGACAGCACCAAAAAGGAAGAAGAUGCUUCAAGUUGUUCGGACAAAGUCGAGAGCCUCUCUGAUGGCAGCAGCCACAUGGCAGGCGAUUUGCCCAGCGAUGAAGAUGAAGGGGAAGAUGAAAAAUUGAACAUCUUGCCUAGCAAAAGGGACUUGGCGGCCGAGCCUGGGAACAUGUGGAUGCGAUUGCCCUCGGACUCAGCAGGCAUCCCCCAGGCUGGCGGAGAGGCAGAGCCACACGCCACAGCAGCUGGAAAAGCAGUAGCCAGCCCCUGCAGCUCGACAGAGUCUUUGUCCCAGAGGUCUGUCACCUCCGUGAGGGAUUCGGCAGAUGUUGACUGUGUGCUGGACCUGUCUGUCAAGUCCAGCCUUUCAGGAGUUGAAAAUCUGAACAGCUCUUAUUUCUCUUCACAGGACGUGCUGAGAAGCAACCUGGUGCAGGUGAAGGUGGAGAAAGAGGCCUCCUGUGAUGAGAGUGAUGUUGGCACUAAUGACUAUGACAUGGAACAUAGCACUGUGAAAGAGAGUGUGAGCGCUAAUAACAGGGUACAGUAUGAGCCUGCCCACCUGGCUCCGCUGAGGGAGGACUCGGUCCUGAGGGAGCUGGAGCGGGAGGACAAAGGCAGCGACGACGAGAUGAUGACCCCCGAGGGCGAGCGGGUCCAGGUGGAGGGCGGCAUGGACAGCGGCCUGCUGCCCUACGUCUCCAACAUCCUGAGCCCAGCGGGCCAGAUCUUCAUGUGCCCCCUGUGCAACAAGGUCUUCCCCAGCCCGCACAUCCUGCAGAUCCACCUGAGCACGCACUUCCGUGAGCAGGACGGCCUGCGCAGCAAGCCGGCCGCCGACGUCAACGUGCCCACCUGCUCUCUGUGCGGGAAGACGUUCUCCUGCAUGUACACCCUGAAGCGCCACGAGAGGACUCACUCGGGCGAGAAGCCCUACACGUGCACCCAGUGCGGCAAGAGCUUCCAGUACUCGCACAACCUGAGCCGCCACGCCGUGGUGCACACGCGCGAAAAGCCGCACGCCUGCAAGUGGUGCGAGCGCAGGUUCACGCAGUCCGGGGACCUGUACCGGCACAUCCGCAAGUUCCACUGUGAGUUGGUGAACUCCUUGUCCGUCAAAAGCGAGGCGCUGAGCCUGCCCGCUGUCAGAGACUGGACCUUAGAAGAUAGCUCUCAAGAACUCUGGAAAUAAUUUUAUAUAUAUAUAUAUAAAUAAUAUAUAUAUACCUAUAUAUAAAUAGAUCUCUAUAUAGUUGUGGUACGGUCUAAAAGCAGUCUUGUUUCCUGGAACUGAAAGGUUGGGGUAUUAACUUGUUUUUGCACUUUAGAAUAGCAUGAGAAUCUCACUAAUUUAGCAUUCUGGUAAAAGAAACUUUAGAGCAAGUCGGAGAAUAGAGAGGUGUUUUUUCUUUCUUUCAAGGGGGGUAGGGGAAGUAAGCCAAUAAGAACCUUUGAAACAAAUCGUCCUAUCACAAAAUGCUUUCCUAGGGCCUAUUUUGUCAGCACUGCGGUGUCUUUUGAGCUCUUUUUUUCCCACCUUUUUUUUUUUAAGUAGAAAUUCCCUCCAGUUUUAUUAGCCUCUUUAUAUGUCUCAAAUUGCAUGAAUCUUUUCUGGCUGUUGGAAACCUGAAUGCUUUUAGACCCAAAUGGAAAAUUUCUGAAAUGCUGGAUUAUCUAUUUUUAAACAAGCAGUUGACUUAAAACUUUCUGUGGCAACUUCUGGUUUUCUGACGGUUCCCAAUGAGAGAAAUUCUGAAAGUACACUGGGAUCACUGGGACGCUGUCUUUGUGAAGGUUUGCUUGGGAUGAAAAAGGAUAUUGCAGCUUCAGCAGUGUUGAACUGUGUGUUGAAAAAUGUGAAUUACUGUUAUUGUAUACUGUAAUUGAUUACAUGGGCUGGGGGGGUGUCAAAGGACUUGACAGGUUGUGUUGAUGCUCUUAGUUGAGUCUUGAAAAGUAAAUAUUAACGCUACAGAAAUGCAUGAGUUUCAAUAUAUUUUUUGUCUUUGUUUGCAUUGUAUAACUUUAACGAGUGAGUUUAAAAUUAUUUAAUUUCCUUAGAAAAAUAGCACCAUUUGGAAAAAAAAAAAAACCUGGUGUUAUGAAGAACGUUAAUGCACUGUUUUUAUUUUAUAUAAUUUAAAUUGACUUUCCCACUGUCUUUAAGUUGAAACUGUUAAGCUGAAUAAAAACUUAAGCUGCAAAUUGAUAACUUCGCUACAUAACAAGGAAAAUAUAAAUGUUUACAAACGGCUUAAAGAUUUGCAUGUGCAGUGUGCAUUUUAUAACAAAACUUCUAAUUGCACAAAACCCAGGCCAGCUCAAAGUUUAGAUGUACACAUUUACCCAGUUGAGCGUUUUUAGAGUAACUACUGCACAAAUUGACAAUAGGUCAUUCUCUUUUUUUUGCUCCCCUUUUCUUUUUCUCCCCUUCUUCCUUUCCCUCCCUUCCUCCUUCCCUCCCACCCCUCCCCCAUCCCCCCCCCCCCCCAAACUCAUGAAAAGAUUCUAUGGACUGAAAAAGCCCCAGGCUGAAAGGACUGGACUGCCUUGAUUGACAUGGGGAAGGGGGUUAGUAGACUAUGUGUAUCGCGGCAGCAGAGGCUGCAGCCCAACGUGUGGUUUUAAUGACCAGCGCGCAGGGCAAAGCAUUUUGCACAGUGUUUGUUUUCCUGUCUUGCACUUACAAAUAAGGUCUAUGGGAGUAGCAUGGAAAACGUUUGCUGUUUUUCCCUUUUUUUUUUUUUAAUUGCUUUUGUUUAAAAUUUGAUCGCCUUAACUACUGUAAACAUAGCCUAUUUUUGUGCUUAAGAUACUGAAUGGAAAACUCCAUUGUGUGUUGCUGGACUGUUUUGGAAAUAUUUGGUCAAAUGUGUGUUAAUUUGGCUGUAAUGGCAUUUAAAGCAAACAAACAAACAAAAAAAAGCUGUGAAAAUGGCCUUGGAGCAUUAUCUUUAGUUACUUGAAGAGUUUCUAGUUUUUUUUAAAUACAGUUUAUGUUGAAAUAAUUUUUAUUAAUUUAGAGAAGACAAUCAAUGUCUGUGAGAAAACGGACUUUUCUUUUGGAUUUUCUUUUUGUGGUCAUUGUGAGUGAUUGCUUUUUCCUUUUAUUAGUUUCACAUUCUUCCUUUGUUCUAAAACUUAGACUGACAUCUAGCUUUGACAAUCAUAGUAUGUUUUAUUUUCCUGAGGGGGGAAUAACUUAUAAUGCUGUUUAGUUUUGUACUAUUGGUGUGUUGGUGAAUUUUUAAACUGUGUGCUAACUGCAAUAAAUUAUAUGA